AUCCUCACAACCCAGCUUCAUCUUCAUGAACGCUGGCCUAGUCGUCGCAGCCGCUGGUGAGCAAUUCUACUUCCCACAGACUGGCAUACUGUUGGACUUGAAGCAUGGCAACCUUCCAACACCUUUGCCAAAGUUGGUGAUCUCCUUCCCACUUGGGGAGUAUUGCCAGAUGAAGAUGAGCUUGCACUUCUCCUCCAGGACCAUGAACUUGCAGCAUACCUCGAUCCUGGUCUGGGUGCAGACAAGCGUACUCUUGAAGCCUCAGAUGUUGCCAGUACCAUCUUGCACUCUUAUGGAAAUGCGCUCCGUGCUUGCCCAUGCUUGUGUCGCCCAGCUGCCUUCGAUCGCGCUACUCUUGUUCAACGGGGUCUUCGUGGAUUUUUUGUCGGCUCCCAGAAGUUCCAGAAACCACGAUUCCUCCACCCAGAAGAAGCUGCAUUGUUGCUUGGACUUCCAAGUACCAUCAAUCAUCAUGAAGAUGUUCGUGCGGCUCUUUCUCUACUUGGACUUGCUGCGUCACCCAUCCAGAUGGUACAACCACCUGGCUUGCUUCACACCCAAGACGCUGCUGGAGGUGAACUCAGCUGUCAAAGAGCCGCAGGAAGCACAACACUUCACCUUCUUCAAGCACAGCGACUUACCAUGCACUGGAAUGAAUCCAGCAGUGUGCUGCACCAGGAAGUUCGUCUUCCCCUUGAUCACCUUCUCCCUGCAGCUUCCACAGUUCAACUUGAACUGCAACAAGGACCUUUUGACUUGGAUUUUGGACUUCACUCUCAUGGGGUGUGGCGCGUUGCGAAUUGGAUGUGUGGGCUUCAAGGUACUACUUUGCAGCUCAGCACCUACAACACUCCUGCGCUGGCCUUUCUUGGACUGCCUUUCUUCCACCGCUGUGGCUGCAUCUUUGCUGCAGAUCAUCAUUGGGCACUUUUUUGGGGAGAAGGAGACCAUUCUCAUUGGACUGGGACUUAUGUUGAUGGUCUCCCAGGCAGUCUACACGUUCACGCUGAACGGCUGGCUUCCU